CUGUCUAAGUUUUUGCAUCGUUGCAUACUUUCAACAAACUGGUUUGUACAAACGGAGAGUAAUAAAUUUUUGUUUUUGGGGGAAAAAACACAAAAAAUCAUGAAAUACCAUGAUUUUUUUUCAUAGCUUUUGUUUACUUUUCUUCUUUGCAGAUGCAACCGUAUUUAUUGCCGAACAUGAAAAAGAGCCAAUUUUUGUACCCGACACUGGAAACACUUGGUUCACUGGAUAUCACAAGCAAGAUAUACUUCCACAUGUUGUUGAGCAAGUGCCAAUAGGGAAGCCAUUUAUCCCUGAUAAGCAUUCAAUCUACAAAAUUUAUGACAAAAAUGUCGAAGAUGGUCCUUUGAACGACUAUUUUGAAAAUGCCAAGUUGGAUUAUCAAACUAGUCAUAAGAAGUCACCUGAGCCUUUAGAUAAAAAAGAAAAUUUUUUAGAAGAUUCUUUGUAUGGAGUACGUCUGACCGGAGAUAUAUCUGGACUAUCAAGUGAUGAUCUUCCAUCAAUAAUGAAAGGAACUGAUUCUUUGAGAGAUGGUUCCAGUAAAACAGAAAAAAUUGAAAAUAAUCCUUCUGUAUCUCAUAUUCAUUUAUUGGAAUCUGAUCCAACCAAUUCAAACUUUGAAUCAAUGGUUUUUCGAGGUGCAACAAAUGGUGCAACUCAACACACUGUGUCAUUUAGUCCACCCGAACUAAGUUCUAGCUAUAUUACCGCUAAAAACAUUGAAGGUACUGGGCAAAAUAUUUUAAACGAAGCUAAAAACAAUAGAGAAAUAGAGAAAUCAAUAUCGAGCAAUUCAGUGGCAAUGCCAACAGCUUCUCUUUUUGCAGGGCAAAAUGAUCAAACAAAUCAAGCAUCAUUUUCCUUAAUGGAUGACUCUCAGUAUCACGUUGAGGGAAAUCCUUCAGAAAUAUAUCCACCUAAUGAGAAUAUACAGGUUGCAUCGCAAAACACAGAGUAUCAAAUUAACUCGCAGCCAGUUACUUCAGUAUCACACUCUCUAGCUGUACCUUCUGUCAUAAACGCUCAUGAUCUAGUAGAGGAGAUAAAAGAUGAUGGGCAAUCUAAUACAGAAAAUCAACAUUCAAUGAACGCCAUUCAUAUUUACGCAAAAAAUGAUAAAAGCGAUAGUAAUUCCAUUGUAGUUCUUCCAAAACCGUCUCCAAUAAAACUGUUGUUAAAUGAUCCGCUUGAAAAUUCUAAAGAAGUACAAAUGAACGACAACAAAAUUGAUGAACCAACUUCCUUACCAAAUUCUCAAUUCCUUAAACCAUCAGAAAUAACUAUUCAAAACACAGUAAACCUAAAGACAACUACGCAACCCCUAUUGAAACCAAUUUCUAAAUCUAAUUUGAAACAUCAUCGCCAUCAAAUUACCAUUGAUACCGACACAGGUGAAGUUGUUAGGGAAGAAACUUCGGACGAGGAAGAAAGCAAACAAAAUACCGUAGUAAACGUUUUAUCUGAAAAAACUCAACCAGAAAAUAUAACAGAUCAGUUAGAAGCUAUACCAAGUUUGUCGUUGAACAUAGGGAAACAACAAAAAGGUGAAAAAUUACAAGAACUUAAGUUAAAAAAAGUAGGCAACAAAGAAAACCUAAACGAACAUUUGUUGACUUUAGGCCAUAAAAACAAUCAAAAUGAACAUUUAGUAAUUGCAAGCAGCGAAAAAAAACAAAACAAACAUUUGUUAGUCACAAGCAGCAAUGGAAAUCUAAAUAAACAUUUGCUAUCAACAAAUAGCAAAGGAAAUCAAAAAGAACGUUUAAUAACUACAAGUGACAAAGGAAAUCAAAAUGAAGAUUUUAUAACAAUGGGUAGAAAAGGAAAUCAUAAAAUUGGUAAUCAAGAAAAAACAACAGUCGAUUCAAUAGAGUCAGUAAAAAAUCUGAAUGAUGACGAGAACACACAAAGCGAAGUAGAAAACUCAUCAGAUAAGGAAGAGAAAGUACAAAAUAUUGAAGAAAAAGCAAUAUUUGAAGAAGAAAAAACACAAAAUGAAGACGAAAAUGCAGCAAAUAACAAAGAAAAAACACAAAAUCAUGAUGGCGAAAUUUUUCAAAUUCCGAAUCAUUUGUUUAAUAAAUUUGACUCUCAUAAAAACUUUAAACUUCAUCACCGUAACAAACAUACGUUAUUUCAUACGCCACUUACACCCGUAAAAACAAGCAACAAAAAGCUAACGAAAAUAAUUCAGUCAACUAACCGUAAACUUAAAAAUACAUCCAACAAUUAUGAUGAUAAGGAUAAUGAAAAUUCUGAAAAUACAAGUGAGGAUGCCAUAUCAAAUAAUUCUAAUUUAGAGGAAAAUAACGAUAAAAAUGGAUUCGGAAACUUACUUCAUUUUCCCUCCUUCAAAUCAAAGUUGAGGUAUGCUCCACUGAUUAAAUCAAUUCAUCCUUUUAGCCCUGAUAAUAACAAAUAUGUGGACUUGUUUAAACCUCAAUUUAAGUUGCAUAAAAAAAUUAAAAAUCAAGAACAUAGUUAUACAGAUAAGCAUUACAUGAACGCCGAUUCAGAGAACGAUUCUGAUACAGAUUUGAAUUACGAUAAAGAUGAGGAAAACGAGGACAAUGAUGAUAAUGUUGAGGACUUACCAAAUGAAAAUUUAAUUACCAAGCCUUCUAAAGCUCUUUCUAUUAUUGAGGGUAGUAUUAAACAAUCUAAAUUUGCUCAUCGUCGUCACGAGACCAACAUUAACAGUAACGAGCAUAAGAACACAAACAACGAAAAGAAAGAUUUUUAUCCUGAUAAACAUGUACCAAAGUUUAACACGCAUAUUGGUAUGGAUCACAACACGGAAGAAAAAGAGUAUGAAGUUGAAUCGGAUAAUGACAGAACAGAUCAAAAAGAAUACCAUUUACAUAAUCAUGUUCAUAACGAACAACAUAUUCAUAUACAUAAAGGAAGUGGAGAGAAAGGUGGUUUCAGGUAUUUACGUUUACACAAAGUGGGAUCAUCUGACCACGAGCUUCUUAAAAGUCCGCAAACACCCAAUAAAGCCGAGAAUAGUGCAUCAUUCAGUGAUGGUGAUAGCAAAAAUGAAGAUGAAAAAUCAGAUGAAGAUUCUGACAGAGAAGCUCUGGAACUACUAAAAAACUACGCAAAAAGUAGAGACAACCAUUUUAACGAAAAAGGUCUUUUUAAUAUCUCGUCGAGUGCUGAUGAUUACAAGCGAAAUCAUUAUGGGAAUCCUGAUAAAGAAAGUAUUUAUUCAGGGGAUCCAUCUCAAAGAUCAGAGCUAAAUCUUGAAAAGAUAUCAAAAUCUCAAAAUAAGUUUCACAAAACUAACGAUACUUUAGACGAAGAAGAAAACAAUCCAAUUGAUGAUCCAGCCUUUAGUUAUUCAAAAAUGGUAGAUCAGGUAAGAUACCAAUCACUUAAACCUCAACAUUUUCUCCCUCCUGUAGACGAUUCCGAUCAUUUACAUGUUGAUGAAACCGAAACUAAUAAAUUUGAAGAUAAUGACUUUUCAAGCAUUAAAAAAAGUAAAAAACACCAUCGAUUAUAUUUUGAGCCAAAAAUCAAAAAAGCAAAAGAAGUCGUUGAGCCAACAUACAUGAUUCAUGGUGAUCCCCAUGGUGACGGUUUUGGAUCAGCAGUUAUUGAUGGUCCAGCUGAACUUGGAAGUAGCGUUCCUAGCACAGAAAGUGCUAAAAGCACUAUAAAUAAUGCCGGUACAACGGUUCCACAUUUGCACGAGGAAACGCCAAAAGGAAUGGAUGGAAGUAAGCGUGAUAUUCCGUCUACCAUAAAAAAAGUAUCUAAUAUUUCAUUAAAUGAAAAUAUUAAAAAUAACUUAAGUUAUGUUGAUUCUGUUCCUAAAAAUAACUUAACUGAAGAAAGAAAAAGUGUAGAACAUCAGGUGUCUGAAGACAAUAAAAAUGAAAAAGCUACUGUAUUGUUUAAAAGCCAAAAUGUAUCAUUUGAUCAUAAAUUAGAAACAAAAACAAGUGACUUAAAAGUGAAAGAAAAAACAAGCGAUGAUGAAAAAGUUAAAGAAAACCUUUAUAAGAAUUUUGAUAAAAUUGAUAAAAAUAUUGAUAAUGAAAAAAAUAUUGAUAAGAAUAUUAAUUUUGAUUUCAAUAAGAAUCCUGAAGAUAAAUUUGAUAAAAAUAUUGAGAGACAAAAAGACAAUAACAACAUAAAAUCUAAUCAAUCAGAAACUGAAACAGAUGAUUUAAAAACUUCAAAAAAGUUGUUUAACGAUAAAUCUGACGUCUUAAAUAGGAAAGAAGCUAACGAAGACGUCGCUAUUGAUAAAACAACAUUAAAACCAGCAAAUUCAACAGACAUUGAAGAAAUAAAAAAAAAUAAAAAAAAAGAAAGAAGUGAUUCAGAAAAAAGUAAAGAAGAAUCUAAAGAUAAAUUAGACUCGCAUACUAAAGAACAACAAUAUGUUAAAAAAGACCCUAAAUUGGUAAAAACAACCAUUAAAAAUAUAAAAUCUGACCACGCUAACAAAGGCAUGGAUAGAGAAGAACCAAUGACAAACCGUACCAAUAUAAUAAAUGACAGAGUUGAAAAAAUAAACGAAAAAACUGAACAGCAACAGUUUCCAGAAAUUUCUUCACAAAACAACGAAUCAACAACUUUAAGUUUAAAGGCCCAAACCUGGCUGAACGAAAUUUCAAACGAACAAAAUUUUAAAUCCAUUACUGCAGAUUCACCUAAAGACGCUAUUACAAUUGAGGAUCAUGUUAACCAUUUAUCAGCACAACCUACUGCAAAUGAAAAAGACGAUUCUAAACUUAUGAAACUUGUUCAACUUCACCUAAAGAAAAAUACAACUUUAUUACGAUCUGGCGCACUAAAACAGUUGGCCCAUGAUAUUUUUUCUCCAGCCACUUUGACAGGUAAGCACAACUAUACGAUAAAAAACAAGACAAAAGAGAUACCAAAAAUUGUCAAAACAACCAUUGAAGUAGAAAGAUACAACCCUCUUCAUUUAGCAGACGAAAGAAAUAUGUUUAAAGAAGUUCAUACAAGUACACUUUCAAACUUAAAAGAUGGUCUUAUGAGCGUAGAUCUUGACGGCAUGAAAAGUCUUGACAGCAAAAUAAAAAGCAUGAAUUUUCAACUCAACAAUAUAGAAGAGUCCAAUUUUGCUAAAAAGCUAAAACUUGAUCUGGAUACAAAGUCCACCAACUUUGUUAUUCCCGAUCACCAAGAAACUUUACCUUUGUUAAAUCCAGGACAUCCCGAUGAUAUUAACGGAGUAGAUAAAAAAUCAAAAAACUUAAAAGCAAAGUUUAAUAUUCUUUUGAACCCAGCGCCAACUAUUGGGAUGAGCAAGUCAAAUUCAAGACUAAUUCCGCAGCCAUAUCAAGUUGAAAGAGGAUACGAUAAAAGUUUUAUAUUUAGACACCCUGUUCCCAGAAAAGCUCAAGUAACACGCGGCAACAUUAGAGAUCAAGCAAUGAAAAUUAAGGGAAACGAAAAUGAUCUUCAACUUCAGCCUUUUUUUAUUGCUAGUCAUUUAAAAAAGUAUAACAGAUCAACAAAGAACUCCUCUAAUCACCGUAGCAUUAAUUUUAAAGACGGUCUUUUUGGUUUAAGAUAUUUUAUUAAAAAUGUGUCUGCUAUCAUUGAUGAAACAUUACCUGUAAAAUUUGGUAGGCAAAAAAACUUUAAUGCUUAAAACUGCCGGUUUUAUCUUCUACACAACAUUCUUCUAAAAAUUGUCGUAAAAAACUAUUUUUAAUUGGUAAGUUUAGCACCGUAUUGAAUUUGAAAGUUAACAGCUAAAACUUAUUACUUACAAAAACAAGCCCGCUCAUUGCAGAACAGAACAGAAAAGUUAUACAUUAAUAAAAAAAGAAACAGUUUUUUUACAGUAGAUAGCUAUAUCGAAUAAAUAACUUAAAAAACAUUUUUUGAAAUUUUAGGUCCUUUAACUAUUUGUAAACUAAAUAUUUUAUUUUAAUACUUGAUAUUUAUUUAAAAAAUUUUGAACAUUUUACAUUUAUGAAUGUACAUGAAUGUACAUUGUACAUUCAUCGAGCCUAUAGAGCUUAUAAGAAAAAUAAAUAAAAAAAACAGUAUUUUUUUUUAGUUUAAAUUUUAUUUAUUAUUAUCUGACCAAAGCUUAUCAUAACUUUUCACUCUUUUGUGUUUUAAUGUUGUUGUUUUUUAAGCAUGAUAUAAGUUACGCUCUUAA